AUGAGUUCAUAUUCAUUAUUGCAUUCCAAUUCGCUUGGCAGAACUGAUUGGUGUCUUGAGUUGCAACCUUUGUAUAGACACGGUCUGUUAUCUAGUCUAAGUAAUGGUGAUGUCAAUUUAUUAGACUGGAAUACUGGCAAUUGUAUAAGAACUGUAAAAGCUGGGAACACUUCGAUCAAUAGAAUGCGUGUAUUGGAUAGUGAUUAUGAUAAUGGCUCUGUUUUUUCUGUGGCAAUGAAUGAUGCUGUUAAAGUACUUGAUUUAAGGGUUCAAGGAAAUUCAAUUGUAGCAGAAUUAAAUAAUGAAAAAAAAACACCAUUCUUAUCAUUAGAUUCUCGUCAUGGUAUGCUAGCCUGUGGUACAGAACUAAGUGGUGUGGAUGCAGAAAUUCAUAUUUAUGAUAUUAGAAAUUUUGAUAAACCAGUGAGAAUGCUAGUAGAUUCUCAUCAUGAUGAUGUCACAGAUAUAAAAUUCCACCCUAGCGAUCCUAACGUUCUACUUAGUGGUUCUACUGAUGGUUAUACAAAUGUAUAUGACUUGACCCAAGUUGAAGAAGAAGAUGCAUUACAUCAGGUUAUCAAUUAUGAAUCUGUUCAUUCUUGUGGUUGGUUAUCUCCAAAGAGAAUUUACACAUUAUCACAUAUGGAAACGUUCGCCAUUCAUGAAUUGAAUAACAAAUCUGAUGAAUUAACAGAACCAAAACCGUUGGAUUUUGGUGAUAUUAGAGGAACAUGGGAUUGUGACUAUGUGGUUGACGUCUAUCCAGGAUAUAUUGCAGUAGGGAAAUCAGAAGAAAAUAAUGGUAAUUUAAAAAUUAUUCCAUUUCAUAAUGAACUACUAAAUAUCAACGAUUCGAUUAGUAUACCUAAUGCACAUGGUGAUGAGGUUGUUCGAGAUGUAUUUAUUUCUCCGAAAUCUCAAAAUAUAAUGUAUUCAUGUGGUGAAGACGGAUCUGUCAAAACAUGGAAAAUAGAAAACAAUUCAUUACAAGUGCCUCCUGGAUUCUGGGAUUACUCUACCCAGAUUAAUGUGCUGGACGAUAACAUAGAUGAACAAAAUAUAGAACAAUCUACAAGAAAUAUAUCAGAACCUUCAAUAGAGAAAGAAAAGAAGAAAAGUAAACACAAGAAAUCCAAGCACUCCAAGCGUCGUUACAAACCGUAUUAG